UUUUUUUUCCUCUCUUUCUUUCUCUUUCCCUUUCUCCCUUUUCUCAAGGACACACAAACGUAGCCCCCCUCCCCCUUUUUCUUUCUUUCUCUGUCUGUUCUUUUUCUUUUUCUUUUUAAAUCCUUCGUAACGCGUUUCGCUCGUUGCGACUUGGCCGAUUUACGACCUCAACAGACAGGACUACUCAGCCAUGGGCGACGCAAGCAAUGUCAGCCUUGAUUCCAUUAUCGAGCGACUGCUCGAAGUGAGGGGCUCGCGACCUGGAAAGCAAGUGCAGCUUGGAGAGAAUGAAAUCAAGUUCUUGUGUACAGAAGCUCGUCAGAUCUUCAUCAAUCAGCCCAUCCUGCUUGAACUUGAGGCACCCAUCAAGAUCUGUGGUGACAUUCAUGGCCAGUACUAUGAUCUCCUUCGACUUUUUGAGUACGGUGGGUUCCCGCCAGAGGCCAAUUAUUUGUUCCUAGGUGAUUAUGUCGACCGAGGCAAACAAUCACUCGAGACCAUUUGCUUGCUCCUGGCAUACAAGAUCAAGUAUCCAGAAAAUUUCUUCAUUCUCCGCGGAAAUCAUGAGUGUGCCAGCAUCAACCGGAUCUAUGGAUUCUACGACGAGUGCAAACGUCGGUACAACAUCAAACUCUGGAAGACCUUCACAGAUUGCUUCAACUGUCUACCAGUCGCUGCGAUCGUUGAUGAAAAGAUUUUUUGCAUGCACGGAGGAUUAUCGCCUGACCUGCUAAACAUGGAGCAGAUCCGAAGAGUGAUGAGGCCCACAGAUGUACCGGACACUGGAUUGCUCUGUGAUCUACUUUGGUCAGAUCCUGACAAAGAUAUUACUGGAUGGAGCGAGAAUGACCGAGGUGUCUCUUUUACAUUUGGACCAGAUGUCGUAACCAGAUUCUUACAGAAACAUGAUAUGGAUCUGAUCUGCCGCGCUCAUCAGGUAGUUGAAGAUGGCUACGAGUUCUUUGCAAAGAGACAGCUAGUAACCUUGUUCUCAGCACCCAACUACUGUGGCGAGUUUGAUAAUGCAGGAGCCAUGAUGAGUGUUGAUGAUACACUGAUGUGUUCUUUCCAGAUCCUGAAGCCAGCUGAAAAGAAGCAAAAGUACUCAUACGGUGGGGGAUUGGGAUCAGGACGGCCCGUGACGCCACCAAGAGGAAAGAAAAAGAAGGAGAUGUCGAAGGUCACUUAAAUGGUUCAGACCUCUUCCUCUUUAGGUUGUGUAUCAAUUAAAAAAAA